AUGGACUCGCCGCCGCCGCCGCCGAUUCGCCGGGAGGCGUGGGAGGGCUGCAGCGUCCUCCUCGAUAUCAAUGACGGCGACCGCCUGGCCUUCUUCCGCCUCACUCCCGGAGCGACGGUGAAGAUUGGGAACAAGACCUGCUCGCUGCAGCCGCUCGUGGGGCGCCCCUUUGGCUCCCUCUUCCGCCUCGGCGCCGACGGACUCGUCCCCUGCGCCGCCGCGGACGCCACAUCUCGUGAUCAUAACACGCGAGAUGGUGCCGAUGGCCAAACGCAGGAUGAAACCAGAGACAAUAGGUCUCUGGUUGAUAAUAAUACGGCUCAAAAUUUAUCUAGCGAUGACAUAGAGGCAAUGAAGAGGGAUGGUGCAACUGGUGAUGAGAUUGUGGAAGCUUUAAUAGCAAAUAGCUCAACAUUUGGAAAGAAAACUGUCUUCUCACAGGAGAAGUACAAGUUAAAGAAACAAAAGAAAUAUGCACCUAAAGUUCUUUUGCGACGCCCUUCUGCUCGGAGCAUUUGUGAGACAUACUUCAAGAAAAGUCCAGCUCGUAUAGGGUUUAUGCGAGUUGACACACUAUCUCUCUUGUUGUCUAUGGCAAACAUUGGUGCGUAUUCAGAUGUGCUUGUUGUUGAUAUGGUUGGAGGUUUAGUUGUUGGAGCUGUUGCUGAACGCUUAGGAGGUACAGGUUAUGUUUGCAGCACAUAUCUUGGUUCAGCACCCUGCUCCAUUGACAUUAUAAGAAUGUACAAUUUGAGCAGUGAUAUGGUCAGCAGGAUUGUUCAGGUGCCACUUAGUGACCUAUGUUCAAUGCAUAGUUCUGGGAACACCCCUUCUCUUCUCAAUGGUGGCGCUGAAGGGGAAAUGGUAGAGCCUGCUGUAGUACCAGAUGAGGAUGCCCAGGCGUCUUUGGCACAGCAAGUUGACACAGCAGUGUCAGAUGAGAAGGCACAGUUAUCAACAGAUCAGCCAACUGAUAUGGAGGUCUCAGAGCCUUCUUUGGAUGAGCAUCCUGUUCAAGAUGAAAACUCUUCAUUAGAUGGCAAAGGCAGUGAUGGUAAUUUAGAUGCUUCAAAAUCUUCUAAAGCUGGAAAAGCACCAUCACCAGAGAAGAUGAAAUAUUGGAAGGAACAUGGCUUUAGUAGUUUGAUUGUUUGUGCCCCUGGCCACGAAGUCGAGCGUCUUGUCGCUGAUCUGCUUCCACUUUUGUCUUAUUCAGCUCCAUUUGCUAUAUAUCAUCAGUAUCUUGAUCCUCUUGCAAAGUGCAUGCACAGCUUACAAGUAUCAAAGAUGGCUAUUGGAUUGCAGCUUUCUGAACCCUGGCUACGUGAAUACCAGGUCCUUCCAUCGCGCACCCAUCCACACAUGCAAAUGAAUGCAUUUGGCGGUUAUAUCUUGAGCGGCAUAAGGAUACACAGUACAGAUUGUAUGAUAGCAAACAAUUUUAGAGAACUCGUAUUAAACUUGUACGGGUCGAGGUAUUUUAUGCCUCCAGCUGUAGGAUUUGCUGGAGAUAUCCUUGUGUACUGUUUAUAUGCUUGUGGUGAACAGACAGAUGUAUGA